AUGCCUCUUUACAACGUUACCCUGAAGCAGGACUCUCCUCCCGAGGAGCUCGAGAAGGCCAAGGACCAAGCUCGUGAGAAGGGAGGCACCAUCAAGCAUGAGUACAGUCUCAUCAAGGGCUUCACCGUCGAGUACCCUGAGGACCACGUCGAUACCCUGGAGUCAUCCGAGCACAUCCACGUGGAGGCUGACGGCAGCGUCCAGACUCAGUGA